AAGCAGUUGGAACUGAUGAGGCAUCAACACCAAAUAUAGCAUCAUCAGCAUUUAGUAUGAAAUUAAAAAAUGCACGUACACGAACCGGAUCAUUAAUAGGUGGUGAUGAUCAUAGUUUAUAUACACAUCAAGAAGAAAGUUUACCUGUUGAUUUAACACUUGUACGUUUGGAUUUAUUACGUUUAAAUUUUAUGAUGGAAUCAUGUCCACUUGAUUCAUUACCUGAUCCACACUUUUCAAUAGUGUUCUUAUUUUGGUUUAAUUCACCCGUUAUAUCAAAAGCAGCAUAUCUUGUUCAAUGUGCUAAUUUUGUUCGUCAUUGUUCAUUAGGUCAAUGGUCAGAGUGGAUGCGUUUUAAUAUGACAACAUUUUGUCUUCAUGAAUCAUAUGCUGCAUGUGCAACAGAAAAUAUAAAUGCAAGACUUACAAAAUUAUAUCUAGCAGCUGCCCUUUCAUCACGACUUGAAACAAUAUUAGACAAUAAACAACAACAAUUAGCGACAUAUAAUAAUAAUAAUACAAAAGAAACAGGAAUAGGAGGAGGAGGAGUAGGAGCGACUUUAUGGAAUAGUGAUGAAACAUAUGAAGAUUACUAUAAUGAAGUGGUUGUUAACCGUUCAGGUCAUGAUUGUUCAUAUUCGUUACAUAUUAUUGGAUGUUUACUUCAUUGUGAAAUUACAUCAUUUUUACGUGAAACAUAUGAUAAAUUACCAAAACUUUCAACAAUGUCGACAACAAAUAAUAAUUUUCAACAAAAACAACAAUCACAACAACGUAGAAAUAAUCAAGCAACAAGUGCACCACCAACUGUUGUUGAAACAUCAUCGUCAUUAACAGAUAAACGUUAA